AUGAUUAUUUAUGCCGCUCUGCUUUCCAUUCCCAGCGGGAAACUCCUCCAAUUGGGGCAGUUCAGUCACCCAGAUCAGCUGGAUCGCCUCAAUCACCUCGAUCAUUUCCACUACUUCAACCACUUCAACCACUUCGAUCAUUUCAACCAUUUCAAGCACUUCCACCACCUCGACAAAUGUGCUGCCCCCUUCUGCAAAAACCUGUGCAAAAAGCGCGCUAAUGGAGUGGCAUGCCAUUUACAAUUUUAA